UCUCGUAGUGGUGAAGUUAUUUUUAAAAUAAUUUUUAUUAUUGGUGGCCAUAAGGAAAAAAAUAACACAAAAGGAAGGGAUAAAGAUGAAAUUUGUGCCGGGAAGCGUUCUCCUUAAUACAUAGAUCUGCCAAAACCAAGCAAUCUGCCAAAAUAAGUAUGCAAUUCAUACAUAGUUCGUAUGAAAUUAAGUGAAAAUUUGGGCUUGUGAAUUGGAAUAUAAGCAAAACUACAAUAAGAAAUCCGACGAAGUAUAUUUAAUUGGAAAUUGAAGUGAAGUAAAUGUGCUUAAAUUAGUGGUAUUUACGGUGGUUGUGAAAAUUUUGUGUGCGUGAGCGAACCGAGUUCAUCGGUCCAACGAAUUCGUUCGAUUGGUGAAAAAUUGGCAAAAACUAAAUAGUUAUCUUUAAAAAAUUCUGUAAAUACAAGCAUACUAAAUUCGAUACAUAUUUUUUAUGAAGUGAUUAAAUUAAAAAAAAAAAAUACCUGUGCAAAAUCUAGGGAUCGUCAUAACUCUAGGAGCGACAACAAUAGCCUGUUAUCUACUUACUAUUUUUCCAAUCCAAAUCCAAAGUUAUUUAAAUCGUUUCUCUUCGUAAUUCCGACACAAAUGUUUGUAGCUUGCAGUCUCGGCGGACCAAUCAGUAGUCAUCGUCACUUUAGCAGAAUCUUCGUAGAAGAACAUCACAAGGUGUCCGCUCGUCCGAUAUAGCGAGGCAGUGACCAACGUAUAAAUACUUCCACACUUGCUUUCUUCAACGGUAAAUUUUGGAUCUGUUCAACGAACUGAAAGAGCAACUGUCAAGUUGCCCCGAGAAGACCCGUGCACUCUGCCGCACUGUCCAGACGACAGUGUGGGGUGCUGUUGUAUCCUCAUUGAACGCAGCGCUUGGCGGGGGUGGCGGUGGUGCAGUCACUUCAUCAGUGGAUAGCAGUGGCGGCUCCGGCGUUUCCGGACCAGGACCCGGUGGCGGUGCGGGCGUCAGCCGCUUAGCAUCUAUAAUGGGCGCCGUCAGUUCACGUCACAUUUCUACCAGUGAUGUACUGGUAGAGGAAGGCGGAGGUGCUGGUGGUGGUCAUGGUAAUAGUCAUGAUCACGGCAAUGGCAAUUGUUCAAUUACACAUAAGAAUGGAAUAACCACAGCAACUGGUGGUUUUCUACAGAAACAAGAUUUACAUUAUGACAUUGGCUCGAGUUCUCAGUAUCACCACGUACGCCAACCGAGUGUACGCAGUCGAAGUCAACAGCCGAUGCCCACCACGGAAGAGCUUGAUCGGCGAUUCGCAAAAGUUUUGGUGAGUGUUUUUCUUCAAUUGAUUUGCUAAGCAAAAGGA